GUCGCGGCACGAGAUUAGCUGCAGGUAAGGUAUAAGGUACAAAGGUAUAAGGUAUGUGCCCCCCAGCCAUCCGCCCAGCUAAUUGAGCUCUUCAGUUACAAUAUGCGGCAAUAAAUUUAGGAUUUUUGCAUACCUGCCUGCUGGGGCAUGGGCUUGGAAAAGCCGGGAAAUGUAGAUCGAACUACCUGACUGACUUAAAAGUCGCCCGCACACGCACUGAUUGCGUCAUUUGGCCUCAAACCAGCGACGAGAGUGUUUCGAUUUGCAUAGUACCCAAAGGACCCAGAGACGAGAAUAUACAUUUUAGCAGAAAUGCAAGACUAUUCGAGCAGUGGCAACUCCCAGAGGAUUGAGAAAUCCGUGAGCUAUGCCUUGUAUCUCCAUCGGCGGGAGUUGGGGCGCCCCAAACGGCGGCUGAUGCGCAUCUGCAGCACCAAGUUGCAGCUGACGAAUGAGCUCAUCCAGCUGCAGCAGCGUCGUCAGUGGGAGACGGCCUUUGACCUCGAGUUCGACGCGGAGGCCAGUUCCCAGCAGAUGAAUGCCCUGGACCGGGAACGCGAGUACCGCGACAGGUUGCAGACCAAUAUGCGGCGGCAGCUCGAAAAGCAGCAGAAACGCAAGCGAAAGUAUCUCCAGGAAAUCGGCAAGCUAUAGGCUAUAGUCUAUGGUCUAACGCGGAAGUCAUUAAUUUAAUUGAGGAUCAUAUUAAGUAAUUUUAAGAACGUGAUAACUUGAAUAGACAAACAAGAAAAUC